GACAGAUGCAGGAGGCCAACACAUUCUCUUCUUACUUCAGUGGCAGCCAGUAGUCGCAGUUGGUUCACUGCACAACUUUCACAUAUUUCGAACCGUUUUACGGAUCACUAUUUCUAUCGUUCUUUCGACUACAAUUCUUUGAAACGCAGCAACAUUAAGCUUGAUUAACACUAAACUGAAAGACUAUUUUUGAAUGAUUCAGUAGAGAAACCGAUGCUAUUCAUUGGUAUCUCUCCAGAAUAUAGAACUUUCACCUCCACCGCUGAUUAGGCCAUCUAAGUAACAGAAGCUGUUGACUACUUUUAGGGAGCCUUUCAGUUUGGUUUUUGUGAAAGCAGUAUGGGGAAACAAAACAGUAAGCUGAAGCCUGAGGUUCUUGAAGAUUUGCGCAGAAAUACAGAAUUUUCUGAAGUGGAACUACAAGAAUGGUAUAAAGGCUUUUUGAAAGAUUGCCCGAGUGGGAAUUUAUCAGUUGAAGAAUUUAAAAAAAUAUAUGGAAACUUCUUCCCUUAUGGGGAUGCUUCAAAAUUUGCAGAACAUGUAUUUCGUACUUUUGAUACAAAUGCAGAUGGUACAAUAGAUUUCCGUGAAUUUAUUUGUGCUUUGAGUGUGACAUCAAGAGGGAAACUUGAGCAAAAGUUACGCUGGGCGUUCACCAUGUAUGAUGUUGAUGGAAAUGGUUAUAUCUCUCGCCAGGAAAUGCUUGAGAUAGUCACUGCCAUUUACAAAAUGGUGGGAACGGUCAUGAAAAUGCCCGAAGAUGAGUCUACCCCAGAAAAACGAACAGACAAGAUAUUUCGUCAAAUGGAUAAAAAUUUGGAUGGGAAAUUAUCUCUGGCUGAAUUUAUUGAAGGAGCAAAAAGUGAUCCGUCAAUUGUACGACUGUUGCAGUGUGAUCCGAGUUCACAGAGUUAGUUAUCUUCUAACAUACUGUUUUGGCGCUAUCGGCCUUGGGUCAUUUACAUCCUACUGAACAAAUGCCGCAGUUCUUGAUGAUAAUGAUACAGAUGUAUUUUCCAUUUUGUUGGAUCUGAUAUGUUUGUAAAGACUGAAACUCACUGCUGAUUUUUUGGUGUUUGGUUGAACAGCCUACAUCUAAGCUUGUGAACAUUCUUCACAACACACUGAAUUUUUAUGCAGCAACAUUACAUAAACACAUUUUCAUAUUUAUGAAGAUACAGCUUCAUACUUUAAAUAAAUCUUACAAUAUAAUUUUAAUUUCAAGACAUUCUCUCAUUAUCUUGAUUAAUAAAAACACUUUAAGUUUAGAUAUAUAAAUAGACAGGCAAGAGUUAGCUUGUUUACACGUUGAGCUGUAAAUUAAAACCUUCCUACAAACUAUAUCUUGAAUCAUUUAGAUUUUAAGAUUUUUUUGUAUUUAAUUUUAUCUUUAAUUAUUUUCUAAUUAUCCUUAGACUUUGACAUAUUCCUGUAGUCAGUAACAAAUGAAAAUGUUUUGCAAUUUUAAAACUUCUAAAUUAUAAUUUAUUCAUAUAUUCCUGAAAAAUAAAAUUGGCACCUAAAUUCUUUGACUAGUAGGUUUAGAUUUCGAGUCUUUGACAUCAUGAAAUAUGAAUUCUUCAGUUAUAAUAAGACAAAAAAAAAUAUUGUUAAAAAAAAAAUGUAGCUUAAAAGCGUAAAAGUAAUAAGCUUAAGAGGCAAUUUUAAAAAUAAAAUCCUGAAUUCCUUUCACAAGACAUUUAAAACAAUUUCAGUUGAUGACAAAAACAUUUAAUGUUAAGGUAACUGAAUUUAAAAUAUUUAAAUUUAUUUUAAAUUAUAAAAAAUAUAUAUUGCUAUGUGCCCUUUGUACAGAAUUAAAUACUAAAAUAGGAUUUUGUAGAUUAUCAACAGAAUUUAAAAAAUGAUAAACUGGCUGACAGCUUUCAUUAAUUGAAAGGAGUCGUUUGUUUAAAUUAUCUUUUGGUUUUAAUUACGGAUCAUUUUUUUCUGUUUUCCAUUCUUUUAGUCUUUCUACCUUUUAUAAUUAAUUAACUCUCUGAUAAUGAUGAUAAUUAUGAAGCACCUGUUUAUUAUAAACUGCAACAGUUCUACCUUUGUCGUAGGCUAUCAUCGUUUUGGUAGAGAUUUAGUUUUUACAUUAAUUCCUGCUUUUCUCCCAUUGACUCCAAGACUCUGCUGUUAGUUCCCCCCCACUUUAAAGAAAAUUUUUUUUUUUAACCCUGAAACUAAAUCAGCCGUGAAUUUCUCAGUGCUCCCACUUACUCUGCUAAUUGGAUUAGCUAGAGAAUAUUGUUAAUCAUUCCAGUCACAAAAUGUUGUGACCUUGACUAAUCUUUAUUCCUGAAUUGUUUGUUAAAAAUGUUAUUUUGUUCUUUAAGAAAAAAAAAAAAAAAACCCAGAAAAAUUCUAGUUUAUACAUGGAGACAUCUUCUAGUGCUUUAUGUAUGAUAUAAAUCUUUUUUUUUUUUUUUUCAGAAAGCCUAUGUGAUUUUGUUCAUCUUUAAGAUUUCAUUUUAACUAUUAUUAUUAUUAUUAUUAACUCAAUAAAAGAUUUCAAUAUUUUAACAAUAUGGAAUUGUAAACUUUUAGCUUAAACUUUUUUUGCUUUAUUCAAAUUUCAAUUUUAAAAUGGAGGGGAGGAGGUAUAGUUUUAUUUAUUUUUUUUUUUUGCUGCGUUAUUUAGGCUUAAGAGUUAAUCAUUUCUCAUUACACAAAUUUUAACGAAGCUUUACCCUUUCUCAUUAUAUCUCAUAUCAGAUGUUUGCAUAUAUUUUUCAUUUCUCUUACUGUUGAACAACUGAAUUCAUUAAUAAAAAAAAAGAAGUAAAAUGAAAAAAUACUUUUAUCUGUGUAAAUAUUAAAAAAAAAAUUGCUUCUGCUAAAAUUGA